AUGGCAAACGCCCGCGACCGGCUGGAGGCGCAAUGUCUAUCGGCAGCCGAGCAGAUAGUAUCGGAGUGUGGUGUUGUUCUGGAAACUGAGUCCGUUGGUACCGCUCUGGCAGACUGUGGAGAGUCUUUGGUCCAGCUUCUCCAACGUCAGGCUUUGCAACUGCUUCGACUCGGGGAGCUUCGGGGACCCAAAAGCGCAACGACCUCUUGUUCCGGGCCAAAAGCAGACAAGGACAAGGCGUUGCUACUGAAACGUCUGGACGAUUUGAUAGCCGUGUCUUACGCGAAGUUCUAUGCCUAUAUGUUCAAGGAGCUGCCCGUGUGCUGGAGGCAACUCUACACGGAUGCAAGCAUCCUCAAGUUCGCCCUGUUGUACCUCUCUUGGCCGGCUGGCUCGACUUCUGCCGGGGAGCACUCUGACGGGGCAGCAGUCGAGAGACAGCUGGACGAGAUGAUCAGGACGUUGGAUCUCGCCGUGAUACUCGCCGGUGCCGCUGGAGAGAGACGGGGCAGGCGGUGGGUCGACAGGGCAUUUGAGUUGCUUGAAGAGGUCUGGCAGGCAGCGUCGCCAACUCGCCAUUGCUUGCUAGAUUGCCUAGAAGGGCGGCCAUCCAAGCGACCUAAGACAUCAGCGGAGCCCACCUCAAGCUCCUGGCAUGACGCCCCGUCAUUUUCCUCCUACGAGCCAUUCACACCCCCGGUCAAGCGCCCAAUCCGACGGGUCCACGACGUGUCCCUUGAAGACUUCCAAACCUACCUGACGACCCGCGAAAACAACAAACCCGGCCCUCUUCCCCUCAUCAUCACCGGCCUCAUCUCAGACUGGCCCGCCCGGACCACCCAUCCCUGGAACAAACCGGCCUACCUCCUCUCACGUACCUUCCAGGGUCGCCGGCUGGUUCCCGUUGAGCUCGGCCGCAGCUACGUCGACGCCGGUUGGGGCCAGCAGAUCAUGCCCUUUGGCACGUUCCUUGCCGAGUACAUCACCAACGUCACCCCCACUUCGAACGAGGACAAAGAGAACGAAACGAAGGAGAGAAACAGGACAGGCUACCUGGCCCAACAUUCGCUCCUCUCCCACCUCCCGGCUCUCCGAAACGACAUCCUCAUCCCGGACCUCUGCUACACCACCCCUCCUCCUCCUCCUCCUCCUCCUCCUCACCCUACCACCACCACCACCCAUGUAUCACAGGGCCACGACCGGGACCAGGAUAACAACAGGCUUGAAUCCAUCGAACCGACCGCCAACGCCCACAGCGACAGCGACAACGACGACGACGACGACGACGGAGAAGGAGGAGGAGGACCGCAACUCAACGCCUGGCUCGGCCCGCCGGGCACCAUCACGCCGCUGCACACCGACCCGUACCACAACCUUUUCGCACAGGUCGUCGGGCGGAAAUACGUGCGGCUGUACGCGCCGUGGGUGGGCAGCGAGACGAUGCGGGCGAGAGGGAAGGAGGGCGGACUGGAAAUGGGGAACACGAGUUCUGUUGAUGUGGGCGUCGUCGAGGGGUGGGAUCGUCGUCGUCCUGUGUCUGUACCAGUAUCUGCUAAUGAAAGAGGAACUGCUGACGUUGGAGGGGGGGAAGAUGGGAAUGGUGAGGAGGAGGGGAAGAAGGAGGAGGAGGAGGAGGAGGAGGAGGAAGAGGAGGAGGAGUGGAUGGAGGAGUUUAGACGGGUUGAGUACCUUGACUGUGUGCUUAAUGAAGGGGAGGUAUUGUAUAUACCUGUGGGGUGGUGGCAUUAUGUGAGGGGGUUGAGUGUAUACAGCUUGACCAAGUCCGAGAAGAAGAAUUGCCGUGUCUCAUGGCAAAUAUUCAUUUCCACACUAGGCUCUUAAGUGAUGGGG